GUUCUUUCUUCUCCCAUAUUUCUAGGUAUAAGUGAUCAUUCAAAAUUUCGAUACAUCCAAAUCUGACGCCGUCGAGCUCUAAAAUUCUAAGCAAAGAUGGCGGGAAUGGGAGAUGGUUAUGUCGGAACUGCCCAAGAUGCUGUGAAAAUCCGCCGGCUGGAGAAGCAGCGGGAAGCCGAACGACGAAAAAUUCAGGAGCUCAAGAACAAAACUGCUUCAUCUAUAGGACAGCCAGGCCUUCUUCAGUUCGGCUCCAGUACCUCCGAGAUUCUGGAGACCACAUUUAAGAAGGAAACUGUUGGUCUUGUUACUAGAGAAGAAUACGUUGAGAAGAGGGUCAAUAUCAGGACUAAAAUUGAAGAGGAAGAGAAGGAGAAGCUUCAGAAGUUGCAACAAAAGGAGGAGGAACUUCUGUUACAAAAGCUAAAGAAGCGCAAAGUGAAAGUAGACCCUCGAUUGUCAUUUUCGGAUGAUUUUGACAACGACAAUGAAGAGGAAGACGAGGAAAACAAAAUCAAGGAAUUGGAGAAUCCUGUAAGAAGAAAAUUUGGGAAAGAUCCCACUGUAGAAACCAGUUUUCUGCCAGACAGUGAGAGGGAGGCAGAGGAGCAAGCUGAACGUGAAAGGCUAAAAAAUCAAUGGUUUCGUGAACAGCAACUGAUCAAAAAUGAACCUCUUGAAAUCACCUAUAGUUAUUGGGACGGGACAGGCCAUAGAAGAGUUAUCCAGGUCCGAAAAGGGGAUAGCAUAGGAGAGUUCCUUCGUGCUGUUCAGCAGCAACUUGCCCCUGAGUUUCGAGAGGUUCGAACUACUUCAGUGGAGAACCUUCUUUAUGUCAAAGAAGAUCUUAUUAUUCCUCAUCAACACAGUUUCUACGAGCUGAUAGUUAAUAAGGCAAGGGGGAAGAGUGGACCGCUUUUCCAUUUUGAUGUCCAUGAAGAUGUGCGCACAACAGCAGAUGCUACUAUAGAGAAGGAUGAGUCGCAUGCUGGGAAAGUUGUAGAAAGACAUUGGUACGAGAAGAAUAAGCAUAUUUUCCCUGCAUCUCGGUGGGAGAUAUAUGACCCAAACAAGAAGUUUGACCGUUAUACUAUCCAUGGGAAUUAAGUUAUCAAGGACAGUGAUGUGACAGCUAAAGAUUAUGAUGCCAGAUGUUAUGCAGACUCCUUGUAGCCUAUUUCGACUUGUGUGAUUCAAGCAUUGGGUAUUUUAAGCCUUUAAGGGAAUAGUACCUGGCAGCCUUCACAAAUAUUCCAAAUUUCCAAUGCCUUCGAUAUAUUUAAGGAUUUUAAGGUCUAACUUGGACGCAAUGUGCUGAACAUUUUCAGCUCUAUUGUAGUUUGCUAUAAUCGUGUGCAGCUUAAACAACUAUAGACCCUUGAUUCUAACUAAUCAAGUUACUUCAAUACAUUGGUUUAUUAUAAUGUUAUGAUUUUUGAGUCAUUGGUGAAUUUCCAUUGGUGUGUCUGUCUUGGAUGGCUUGAGUAUUUGUGAUCGUUAGCAUCACCUCAUAUUAUAUUGACAUUAGUUUCAACUAAUGUAAUAUGAGAAAAAUAUCCCGUACUUCUCAA